AUGGCCGGUUCCGGUGCAAGUGCCACCCUCUUGCCAUUCAUAUCAGGUAACCGUGCACAGGAUCAACAAAGAUUGGUCCAAUUCGCCGGCCCCGCAGGGCGACAGCUCCAGCUCCAGACCAACAAUGGUGACUACCAGCAGUAUGCGAGCGCAAGGAGUAGCCGCCCAACCUUUGCGGCGAAGGAUGGGGACGUGGUGCAGUUCCUCUCGAAGACUUUCUAUGUCAAAGAGACAGAGGAGUUUUCCAUCAUACGGGUGAUCCGAAUAGGCGACUUGCGGGGCUCCUGCUCCGUCACGUGGCAAACCCAGGACGGUUCGGCGGUCGCGGGGCACAAGUACGUGGAAGGGGGCGGAAGAAUCACUUUCGGCCCGGGUGAAAGCAUUCGGACUUUUCAGGUAGAAAUCCUCAAUGAUGACGCCUUUGACACGACCUUGGAGUUUGACGUUCAGCUUGACGAGCCUGAGAACUGCCUCAUCGAUCCGCGAUGUGCCAAAUGUGUGGUAAUGAUCGUGGACGACGACUUGUUUCCGUCAAACGACCACCAGGAGGUCAUCGAAGACCAUGACGAAGAGGCGCUCUACGAGGUCGGCUUUAGCUUGCUCAAGUCCUUCAUGGGCUUCUGUUUUCACCAUGUCCCGGAGAUUUGGUGGAAGACCAUCUUGGUGUUGCUUCUCGCCAAUCUUGGCAACCUUUACUACCUUGCGACCAUCUUCCUCAGGGUUUACCUCGUUGACACCGUAUUGAAUACCGAGGACCCAAGCACAUCGGAACGCCUUUGGGUUCCCGGCGAUCGGGAUGCGACGGCCGUCGCACUCGGUUUGGCCUGGAUCCUACCAAACUUCCUUCUGCUGGGCACGGACUACUUUGAGAUGGCCGUGUUGGAGAUGGGCUUCAACAUCCGGUACCAUCUCCGUGUGAAUCUCUUCCGGAAGUAUCUGCGCUACACGCCCGAGUCCCGGGCGAAGGUUCCGAUCCAGGACUUGAAGAUCAGCAUCAUGGAAGACAUUCCGGAUCUAGUCUCGGAUGGUUACUUAAUCAUCUUUGAGCUUUGGGCGAUGCUUGGAAAGAUUGUGAUGGUGGGCAUCUUCAUGUUGCGGAAGCACCCCCGGAGUGCUGUCCCACUUUUCGUGUACCCAAUUCUCAUCUCCGUCUACUUGGCCGUGACGUAUCGGAGAAGACUAGCCCUCAUGGCGAAGGAAGGCGAGGGACAGAGCGCCACGAUCGGGACUCUGAUGCAUGUGAACAAUGCACAGAAGCUCAUAGGCUGCUACAACAAGCGCAGCUAUGUGGUGCGGCGCUUCGAAGAAUCGCUGCGGAACCAGAGAAAGUGGGUCAUGGAUCUGAAAUUCUUUGACUUCUGGAAUGCACAGCUGAUUCCCUGGAUCACGCUUCUCGCGAUCGGCACAUACAUAGGACUUUCUUCCCGGCUCGUUCUGGGUGGAACAACCUCGCUUGGUUCCUUCCUCGCCACCAUCAACGUCUACAAGGAUCUCGGAGACAGGUUUUCGACGAUUCUGGAAGGCCUGGAAUGCCUGAGCAAGGCAAUCAGUCCUCUGGCUGCGCUCACCACGCAGUUCAACCUGCCCAUCGACAUACCAGAACGCAGUGAAGCCCACAAAAUGCGAGAGGAGUUCGUGCUGGGCCUUUCAACGGCACCGAUGUUUGACUCGAUUCCGAUUGUCUUCAAAGACAUCAGCAUCGAGCAUUCCAAUUUGUCGAAUUUGUCAACACAGGCUCCGCAAGGAUCGAUCAUCCAGAUUUUGGGUCCGCAUGACUCAGGGAAGGGGUCCAUCCUGAAGAAGGUUGGAGAUCUUGUGACGACCUCCGGGGGCCGCGUCUUGAUUUCUCCGCACCUUAUGGUCCUGCAAGUGCCCCAUGAGCCACUAUUCAUAGAGAAUGGUGGCCUCUUAGGAAACCUGAGUCUCGCAAAACAUUUGGAGUCUUCGGAUAUCGGAGACCCUGCACGUGGACGCAGAAUCCUGCGCCGACUUGGCCUUGACAAGGACUGA